GCCCUGUCCCGCUACGGUCGCGACCUCACCGCUUUAGCUCGCAAGGGCAAACUGGACCCCCUCAUUGGCCGAACGGAUGAGCUGCGCAGGUGUGUGUUAUUCAACGUGCUCAGCAGGCGCACCAAGAACAACCCUGUGGUCCUGGGCGAGAGCGGGGUGGGCAAGACGGCGCUGGUGGAGGGGCUGGCGCAGCGCAUUGCCGCCGGGGACUGCCCGCCCGAGCUCAAGGGGGCAGCCAUCAUUGCUUUGGACAUGGGCAUGCUCAUGGCUGGCGCCACUUUCCCGGGCGAGUUCGAGCAGCGCAUGAGCGCAGUGCUCAAGGAGCUGACGGAGCUGCCCCGCCAGGCCCAACAACAACAACAACAGCAGCAGCAGCAGGGACAGGGCCAGAAGGGGCCCGCUGCGCCUGCUGAGCCGGCCCCCACCAGCUGCAUCCUUUUUAUUGACGAUAUCCACAACGUCACUGGGCCCAAUGCACAGCAGGGUGGCGGAGUCAACGACGCGUCCAUGCUGCUGAAGCCGCUGCUGGCCCGCGGUGAGCUGCGCUGCAUCGGUGCCACCACACCUGACAAGUACCGCCGCUUUAUCGAGAAGGAUCCGGCACUGGAGCGCCGCUUCCAGACGUUGCCCCUGUCCCAGCCGUCUGUGGCCGAGGCCAUCUCCAUUCUCCGCGGCCUGAGGGGCCGCUACGAGCGGCACCAUGGUUUGCGCAUCACCGAUGCGGCACUGGUGGCGGCAGUGGAGCUGUCCAGCCGCUACACGGCUGACCGCUACCUGCCGGAUAAGGCCAUUGACCUCAUCGACGAGGCGGCUGCCCGUGUCAAGCUGGACCUGGACCAGCGCCCGGCGAUGCUAGACCGCAUCAUUCGCCGCAUCAGCCAACUGGAGGUGGAGCGGAAACUGCUCAAGAGGUCCGCAGGUGUGGACCGGCGCGAUGCGUUGCGGCUGACUGAGCUAGAGGCGGAGUUGAGCGCCCUGAGGAGCCAGAGGGAUGACGUCACGGCGCGUGUGGAUAAGCAGCAGAGCGAGGCGCGUGAGCUCCAGGCCCUGACUUCAGAGCUGGAGUCGCUCCACGAGGAGUUGGAGGCGGAGGAGAGCGGCCGCAGCGAGGCGGCACUGGCGGAGGGCGCCAACCGCCCCAAGAGCGACGCGGAGAGGAUCAGGCGACGUGCAGCUUCGGAGGCGAGCUCCAAGGGCGGCAGCUCUGCCAUAUGCCCCGGGGGCGAGGUGACCGAGGCGGACAUCGCCUCCGUUAUUUCCUCCUGGACCGGUAUCCCGCUCACCAAGCUGGUGGCGUCGGAGAGGGACUCCCUGCUGCGCCUGGGUAACGAACUGCACAGGCGAGUGGCGCGCAUUAUCGGUCAGGAGGAGGCGGUGAGUGCGGUGGCGGAGGCUAUUCACCGCAGCCGCGCCGGACUGAAGGACCCCAAUGGCCCCAUCGCGUCCUUCCUGUUCCUGGGCCCGACAGGUGUUGGCAAGACCGAGUUGGCCAAGGCCCUGGCGUGUCACCUGUUCAACGGGGAGGACGCCAUGGUGCGACUGGACAUGUCGGAGUACAUGGAGAAACACGCUGUGUCCAAGCUCAUUGGGGCGCCACCGGGCUACGUGGGCUUCGACGAGGGCGGCCAGUUGACGGAGGCGGUACGGCGGCGGCCGUACACUGUCGUGCUGUUCGAUGAGGUUGAGAAGGCCCAUGUGGAUGUGUUCAAUCUGCUGCUGCAGCUGCUGGACGAUGGCCGACUGUCGGAUUCGCAGGGACGCACGGUGUCGUUCAAGCACACCAUCAUCAUCAUGACCUCCAAUCUGGGCUCGGGGGAGAUCUACCGGGCAACUGCGGGCAAGAGCAGGGAGGCAGUGGCGGCGGCUGCGGCAGGAGGGGGUGUGGCGGCAGACCCGCAGAUCCGGGAUCUGGUGAUGGACCAGGUCCGCCGCCACUUUCCUCCUGAGUUUCUGAACCGUGUGGACGAGUUCAUCAUUUUCGAGCCGCUGACGGCCCGGCAGAUACGCGACGUGGUGGGGCUGCGGCUGCGGGGCCUGGUGUCGCGUCUGGCCGAGAAGAAGAUCCGACUGGUGCUGGCGGACUCGGCCAUGGACUACCUCGCAUCCAAGGGCUUCGACCCCAUCUUUGGCGCCCGGCCGGUGAAGAGGGCCAUUCAGAGGGAGCUGGAGACACCCCUGGCUCAGGCGCUGUUAAGAGGGGACUUCGAG